AUGUCUAAUACGAAGCACGAACCCAUUCAUAGUUCAGAUCUGCUUGCUACCCUUCAGUAUUCACAGCAAGCACCAAUCCUCCUUGGCCGACAAAGCAACCCGAAAAUGGCACCAUUAUCACUUAUUACGUCUUCCUCGGCACAACCUGAAGAAUAUGCAACGAUGGAGCGGCUUUUCUUUACUUGUCUACAGACAGGAGAUGACAAGUCAGCUCUCAUAUGCCUUGACAAGCUAACUCAGUUCUUUGGGCCAUCAAAUGAGAGGAUAAUGGGGCUACAUGGUCUUUAUGAAGAAGCAAUCGCUGGAGAUAACUCUGCUUUGGAGAAGUGCCUUCAGGAAUAUGACGAUAUACUGCAACAGAAUCCAGUCAAUUUGCCCAUCUUGAAACGUCGGAUUGCUCUUUUGCGAUCACUGUCCCGCCCUGCGGACGCCAUAAGUAGCCUGAUAAAAUUCCUGGAAGCCACUCCCACAGAUACGGAAGCUUGGUGCGAGCUUGCAGACCUAUAUCGAUUCCAAGGGAUGAGUUCCCAGGCAGUUUUCUGUCUUGAGGAGGCCCUUUUAAUCACCCCAAAUGCUUGGAAUGUUCAUUCUUGCUUGGCCGAACUGUUAUAUGUCUCUGCUUCUUCAAAAGAACAGGGUGAUCCAUCCAAGCUUUUGAGAAGAUCAGUGCGUCAUUAUUGUAGGAGCAUUGAACUCUGCGAUGACUAUGUACGAGGAUUAUAUGGGUUAGCUUUGGUAUCUCCUGCCCUCUUCCCCCUCUUCUCUUCUCGUUUCUGGCUAAUUUACCUCCGUAAUAGGUUACCAAUCGUUAAAUCGCGAUUUAUGGAUUUUCAAGGCCAGAAGUACAGUCAAAGUGAGCUGAUUGCAGCAAAGGAGCUCCUCGACCGAUUUGGCAAGUCUAAUUGA